AGAAGGGUCUGUGUGUGCCUCCGUCUGAGAUCUGGUGCUCUGUUCGACCCCUCCCAAACCACAGGCAUUUGCGUCGUUUAGAGAUACAAAAGAAUUAUUCCGUGUUGAAAGGUUGUGCCAAGCACAGUUGAUAUAUCACGAAGGUGGUGUUGAUUGUGUUGCAUUAGCAACAUACGUGACAGAAAAAAUAACCAACAACUAUUGACAUGUGCAGAACUAGUGAAAUGACCCACGAGUUAUGAUCCGCCCUCUCGAGGACAAACUGUUGUAAUCCUUCACCUCACAUCCUCGUUUUUCCUGGUUGUUUAGUAGAGCGGGAGGGGAGCGUCGCCCCAGGCCAUGGUACCCGAGCAUGACCCCCGCUUCGACGCCCACCCCAACACCAUGUCCAAAGAGGCGGAGGUGCCCCCCGAGCAGUUAGAACCAGUGGACCUGAGCGUCAAGACCAAGGAGGACCAUCUCCCAGGACCUCAGCUCGGCCAUGGCCAUGUCCAACCGCUACCCAGGCUGCCUGCGUGUCCGUCCAUGCACGGACCCCCGGCCGGACCUCAGGGACCCCUGCUCAGGCUUCCGCAGUCCUCCGUCAACCAUAACCUGCAUCCGGAGUACCAUAGUCCGCCCAGACCACCCUCAGGAGUCAUCAAUUACAGUCCGCUCAGGCACUCAGGGGACAAAAUGCGUCGACCGCCGACAGAUACUCGACCACCCAUCACAGGCGACCAUAGAGUGGCUGGAAGCCACAUCCAAAAGUUGUUUUGCGAACGAGUACAAAAGGAAUCAUCGAGUGGUCGAGAGACGAAAGUGCAGGCGCAGAGAGUGCCAUGUGAACCCUUAGGCCCACUUUCCGGCGAUCUUAAGGCCACGGAGGAAAGAGUGCAUAGAGUGGCGUGUGAGAGGCUGCCGAGAGUGUCGAGGGAGAGCGUGCAAAGAGUAUCCGAACAUCGGAUUACCAUCGGUCGCUCGGAGUGCGAAACGUCCAAGUUGGCCCUGAAACAGUUAUCCGGUUAUACAAAAUGCAGCGUAGAGACGCGGGUAUCUCCCAAGCCUUCCCCAACCUACAGCAUCACGGCAUCAACCACCACAACACCUGCUACCACCACCAACACCACCACCACCACCACAACCACCACACACCAUUCACCCGAACUGUCGCCGUCAGCCCCGCAGAGCCUGAAGGUGGAGCCGCAUCAGGCAGCGGUAACCUCCACUUCGUCGUCUUUCACUCGAACAAUAUCACCGAAGGACUCCUCGUCCUCCUCACCGAACGCGAGUGUGCUGGGGACCCUGGACCUCCCGGGACUCCACAUGGGGCUCCCGCUCCAGGGCCCCAGCUUCUCCUGCGUCAGCCCGGACGAGCUGGUGGGGACCAGUGGCUCGCCUCUGCGAAGUAGUGAGUCUGCUUUCCUCCUGCGCAUGUCCAGGUUCCCUACCACCCUGCCUCUGCCUCUCGGCUUGGAUCUCACGCUUAAGUCCGAGCUAGGCAAGAGUCCAAUAGACACUCUUAACAUGAACUUAGAAAAUGCCUUCCACAACGGAGCGACGCCCUUUCUCUCCUUACAAAGGAUACGCGAAGCAUCAUUAGCUCUGUAUGGUAAGCGCUCUCUGAGCGAGAGUCCGUCACCGCCUCCCCUGUGUGUGUCGUCUGGACCCACCCACCUUCCCUCCCCGUCGCCGCAGACCGCAACGCUUACCUCAUCCGCCGUCUCGUCGUCGUCUUCGUCGUCGUCCUCGCCUUCGUCUCCGCCGCCUGCUGUCACUCGGCCUCCAGGCCGAGCCCCUCCUUCGUCGGCUGAUUACUCCGACGCCCUCAGACGAAGGAAGGCCCAUCGGUGUGACUUCGAAGGUUGUGAAAAGGUCUACACCAAGAGCUCUCACCUCAAAGCCCACAAACGCACACAUACAGGUGAAAAGCCGUAUCACUGUACGUGGGAUGGUUGUAAGUGGCGAUUCGCGAGGUCAGACGAGUUGACCCGCCACUACCGUAAACACACAGGCCAGAAACCCUUCAAGUGCCAGCUGUGUCAGAGGUCAUUCUCCAGGUCAGACCACCUCUCCCUCCACAUGAAGAGGCACUGAAGGGAGCAGGACAAAUGCUCUGACUCCUCAGAUUGAGAUCCAAGAGUCUGUGCUUCAUCUGACAAGAGACGUUGUUAUGCUGAUGUCUUGCCUCCGCUCUCUCAUCUCUCCUCAGUCUCGUGAGGAACUUGAGUGGGCGGUUACAAGUGCCAGGUGUGGUUUUAUAAGUGCCAGGUGUGGUUCUACAAGUGCCAGGUGUGGUUUUUACAAGUGCCAGGUUUGGUUUUACAAGUGCCAGGUGUGGUUUUACAAGUGCCAGGUGUGGUUUAACAAGUGCCAGGUGUGGUUUUACAAGUGUCAGGUGUGGUUUUACAAGUGCCAGGUGUGGUUUUACAAGUGCCAGGUGUGGUUUGACAAGUGUCAGUUGUGGUUUUACAAGUGCCAGGUGUGGUUUGACAAGUGUCAGGUGUGGUUUGACAAGUGUCAGGUGUGGUUUGACAAGUGUCAGUUGUGGUGCAACUGGGGGCCUUGCAAACAGAGUCUGGACGCGGAUAUAAGUUUGCAACAACGCAGUCAUACGGUCAACAAAACAACAUGUACUCUGUAUUUAUUUGGUGAAAAGCCUCAGGUGCUAUCGUGGACUAUUUCUUCCACUGUAGUCCAGUUGAGACAUAAUUUUUUACAAGCUGUGAUAGGUCUGUGCCUGUUAGUGGAAAUUCUAUACAGUGUUAGCAACCGCCUGUAUUCCUUCGAUUGAUCAUAACUUCCAAAUGCGUCAUCUCUAGCAAAAUUUUCGUCCUUAAACAAUCUCAAAAACUAUUGAAAUUUAGUUUUUUAGUAGUUUUUUUUUUGUAACAGGAGAUUUAUAUAGUAGUACAGCUAAUAUAUUUAUUCACAGUCCAUAAGCCAUAAUUCCCCCCCCCCCUAGAGGUUUAUCAAGCUUGGGUGUUUCUGAAUCGUGAACGUUAGUCAGUAUUAUUGACCAGCCAAAAGUAUUUUUCCUUAUGAAAAUAAUGGCUUGGUAGAGAUGAAUGUCAAGGUACCACCGUGGUAUCUAGCAGGUGUCGAGGUACUACCUACACCCCCCACCCCCCCACAACACGUCAUCAAGGCAGGAGAGUUAAGGUACCACGCUACCCAUCAGUGCUCAGGUACCUUAGCAAGUCAAAAAUAUCUCAUCAUAUCAAUUUAUGACAGUCAUACCCACAAAUGGACUAAUGAGAUUAAAAAAUAA